GCGCGUGACCGUAAAGAGACACGGCCGAGUCGUGAAAGGGGCCGCAACACGCAGGGCGCUGGUUGACGGCGGCGACUCCAUUUUGUUCGCCGCCUCUCUGCUCCAGACGUCGGUCCUGCGGUUGCAGAGUAGCGGGAAGAUGCGGCCCUUGGACGUCGUCGAGCUGGCCGAGCCGGAGGAGGUGGAGGUGCUGGAGCCCGAGGAGGACUUCGAGCAGUUCCUGCUGCCGGUCAUCAACGAGAUGCGGGAGGACAUCGCGGCGCUCACCCGGGAGCACGGGCGGGCGCAGCUGCGCAACCGGAGCAAGCUGUGGGAGAUGGACAAUAUGCUCAUCCAGAUCAAGACGCAGGUGGAGGCCUCGGAGGAGAGCGCCCUGAACCACCUGCAGGCGCCGGGCGACGGCGGCGAGGGCAGGGGCACGCGGCGGGGCGAGCGCGCCGAGGAGAAGGCGCAGGAGGUCGCGAAGAUGGCCGAGAUGCUGGUGGAGCUGGUGCGGCGGCUGGAGAGGAGCGAGUCGUCGUGAGCGGCCGCGGUCCGCAGCCACUGGAUUCUGGUCAACUGGUGGAGAUUGGCUGACGCCCUGGAGAAGCUGAACCCAGAGAGCCUUUGUUUUCUCUUUUUUUCCCUGUCUAAGCUCUGUCCUCACUUACACUACGUUUCUGCUAUGGUUUGUGGUUGACGACCUCAAUAUGAGUUCUGACUGUUAAACGUUUUUGUUUGGGGAAGUUACUUUCAUUUGGAAACGCGCUCACAUAACAAGAAUUAGGGCCUAGAUUGUAAGCUCUUGCAGCAGUCACGUAUUCCUGGGCUUUGGUUAUUUCUGAAUUUUGAGGUGCUUUACUCUUUCUUGUGUGACCUGAUAGCUCCCUGGAACUUUGGGUCUGUGUGUGACACGAGACUCAGAGUUGGAGUUCUCCGGCUCUGGCGGUGGUGAAGGAGCUGCGUUACUUCCAGAAGACAACUCUGUGCAGCAGCUGCUGCAGAAGCUGAGGAGGGGACCAGACUUCAACUGGAAUGUGGAUGGGGCUGAUCUGGCUGGGACUGAUGAAUCAGAAGGGGUGGAGGAUAGCAUUGUUUGUAUUUGGGGACUCUAAUUUCUGUGUGAGACCAAAGGAGGAGAGAUGUAUUUUGUUCAAAAUUUAAAUUUUAUGUGGCACUCUCUCUGA